GAUGCCUGUUUUGAUUCCUAGAGGGCGCUGACUGUGAGGGGCGGGCGAGCGUCAAUCACGACAAUCAAAGGCAUCGCCGGGGUCUGCUGUGCAAAGUCAGCCGAGCAAUGGUUGCAACGUUGCGGUAUUAACUGUGAGCAAGCCGAGGGUGGCGCAGCAAGGCGAACACCUUGCAUCCCCUCCCCUUCAGUGCACCCACUCUGCUACUUGAGCCUUCCAUUCACCCCUUCACUUCUUUUUGCUUCCCAAUCGCCCUGUCCUGAGAUGGUGCUGAAACGGGCUGUCUGGAAGUUGUGCUUUGCCUGUCUCUGUACACUUUGCUUUCAAGGUUGGGUGGAGUUGUUAGAAGUUACUGUGGGUAGUGCAAGUGUAACGGUUGCCAGAGGUCAAACAGCUGUACUAACAUGUACCUUCACAACAAGUGCGGCGUUGAAUCAACUGAACAUCAUCUGGACUGUGAUACCUCUCUCCAACACCAAUCAGCCAGAACAGGUGAUUUUGUACCAGGGAGGCCAGGUUAUCAGUGGGGCCAGCCUGUUUAAUUCCCGUGUGGGAUUUGUUGUCACCAUGCCCAGCACCAGUGCCUCCAUCUUCAUUAAUAACUCUCAGCUAUCGGACACGGGGACGUACCAGUGUUUGGUGAACAACCCGCCUGACAGAGGAGAGAGGAACAUCGGUGUGCUUGGACUCUCCGUUUUAGUCCCACCCGCCAUCCCACUGUGCCGACUUCAAGGAGAUGUUGCUGCUGGAAACGACGUCACUCUGACUUGUAGUUCGGAAGAGGGUCUCCCACUCCCGUCAUUUUCCUGGCAAAAGCAAGAUUCAUUUGCUAAACUACCACCACUUUCAGUACAGGAUAAAUCGCGAGGGACAUUGUUUCUCCGGAAUAUCAGCUCUGCUACAAAUGGCUUGUACCGAUGUACAGUUACCAAUGUGAUGGGAUCCCACACCUGUGCCAUUCAUCUCCAGGUUAACGAACCGCAUUUCCAGAAUGUUGGAAUUAUAGCUGGAGCUGUGGUCACUGGAAUCCUGGUGCUUCUGCUUGGUGUCAUUUCUAUUAUUGUCAUUCUGUUUUACCGGAGAAACAAAAACAAGUAUGAAGAGGAAGAGAUCCCUAAUGAGAUACGGGAGGAUGACAUCCCACCAUCAUCGUCCGUCAAAGGCUUCCAUCAAGAUGGUUCCUCAGAGAAUGAUACCCUUGCCUCCGCAAACACGUACAGUGCCCACUACUGGCAAAGGAAAAAUCCGACCUACAUAUCUAAUGCCUUCAAUCGAUACGAUGGUCACAUGCCCCACUCAAUGACGAUGUCGAGCAGUCAACCUCAAAGUCACCGACUGCAUACAAAUGGGAGCCACCACCCCACCCCAAAGGCAGUGGUCAUCACCACAAGUUCAUCUCCAUCUUCACAAAACUUAGCAAGAUGCAAUGGGUCUCUUGGUGGGAAGACCCCUCCACAGCACCACUACACCGUGAGUCAUGCAAACCUUCAACGGAUGGGUGGCAUACCAGUCAUGAUACCCGCACAGAAUAGGGCCGGAUCACUGGUGUAGGCAACAUCUGACUCGUAGAACGAAGGCAUUUGCUUGUGACCUAAGCCUCAAAUGUAGACUGAUCUUUUCCAUGUAUAAAGUGUAAACAUGCCCUUUCUCACUGGGUUUUUGAUCAGUGAGAUAUAUAAACGCAGAGCCAUUUGCUGCCUGAGUUUGACUUCUCUACAACUGUGUUUUGUCUUAAAUUAAUACAUUUCUGAAGUCUUACUUUUUGGAUAAAAUUGUGGGUUGACAUUGACACACCAUCACAAACUUCAAGGAAACAAAACAGGAGUACACAUUUUCCAGAAGGAAAAAGGAAUACAUGUUUGAAAUUGAAGAUGAAUAAACCAAGUAUAUUAUUGGAGUGCAUCAUCUUAACAAUGAAUGAACGACUGAAUCGAUGUUUGAAAAAUGGUUGCGUCCCUUUGAGAGACGGUGGGUACCUGGAGGAAUAUUGCCAAGAAUUCCAGAGGUUCGCUCAACUAUUUCAAGUGCACUAAAAUGGGCGGCAUGUUGUAUAAAAUAGCAACUUCAUCCACGGGACCUGAUUUUGGAAGAGUACGGUUUUCUUUGAAGAGGAAAGUUUGAGUUUUUUUCUUCCGCCAUUCUUUUCUACAGACGUGCUGGAAUUCACAGUGCAUUGCGUUUGCUAAAGUGGUCAUAUGAAGUCUUAUUUUAGGGAUAAAGUUGUGGAUUGGCAUUGACACAUCAUCAUAAAGUUCAAGGAACCAAAUGGGAGUGCAAAUUUUCCAAAAGGAAAAGAGAACACUUGUUUGCAAUUGAAGAUGCAUGAUUCUAUGAGCAUAACAGUGGCAGCCUUGACUGUGAGAAGACCAAACUGCUGAGGUGAAACAAAGAAGAAAAUAUUUAAGAAUGGAAUGAAAACACUGAAUGCCAUCUUUAAUUAAUGAUACACCAGGACUGCACAUGCAAAUGUCUUAAUUGUUCUGUGGAGCAAUAAACCUGUGCAUUUCCCACUAUUUGUGUUUAAAGACAACAUUGAAGAUGAUGGUUGUUGUAGGGAAAGUAAAUUUAGAAUGACUGAAGUUGAUUCUUUGGCAUUUUGUUAGAGCUUUGGAAAAAUUACUAACAGAAGAAAUAUUUAUUUGAUUCCCGAUCAGUAUUAAGAGAUUAGGUUACACUUGUGUUGGAAUGCUUACUUAUGUUUACAUUUUUUUUAAUUGGUAUCUAAGACCAUCGCGUGUCAGGUAGAAUUCUGUCGUUGGGAAUUGCAACAUGCUACAAAUUCCAGGUUUUUCCCAUUUUUUUCGAUAUUGCAGAGCUAUGGUUAGCUAGCAGAAGACCUCCACUUUUAUCAAUGUGGAAGAGAGAUCAACAGCUGUUACUAAAUCCCAUUUUAAUUUGUCAGCACUUACCGAUGUAUCUCGGUACUGAACUGGGAAUGAUGACUGAUUUCAGCUAAUCAGCUCUGCCUCAGUUAAUGACGUAAAACAUUUGACUACUGUGCUAUAAAGAUGUUUGAAAAUGAUUGAAGUUCUACGUCCUUAUAUAUUCUGUAAAGAUUGCAGGUUGCUCACGACAACGGUGCCAAAAGACCUUCCCCAAAAGUUACUGAGCAAACUGGCUUCAAAACAAGUCUGAAGUCCUGGGUUUUACUUUUAUUUUUCAUAUCGCAAGACAGUUCUCCUUAAGUAGCUUGGGAGAUUAGAUUGAAAACAAACCCAAUGUCAUUGGGAUAAGAAUGCUGGUCAGCAAAAAUUAAUUACAGGGAGAAUUGAACAAAAAAUGUUGUCAAAAAUGCCACUAAUUUCCAGCUGUUUGCACUUGAUUUUCAUUUAUUUGACUAAUCCUUUAAAAUACUCCAGAAUCAGCAACUUCUGGUCUUUUUGGUUCUUGUGCACUUGUUUAACUCUGUCAUCGACAAUAAAAGUCAAAUUAGUUUGCAGAAUAUUGAUUUUUUUGAUUUUGUUUUAAUUUGUUUGGGAGGUACGGUGGCACAGCAGUAGAGUUUCCGCCUUACAGCGACAGAGACCCGGGUUCGAUCCUGACUGGGUGCUGUCUGUACGGAGUUUGCACGUUAUCCCUGUGACCCGCGUGGGUUUUCUCUGGGUGCUCCGGUUUCCUCCCACGCUCCAGAGACGUGCAGGUUUGUAGGCUAAUUGGCUUAGUAAAAUUGUAAAUUGUUACUUGUGUAUGUAGGAAAGUGGCAGUGUACGGGGAACGCUGGUCGACGUGGACUUGUUGCAUGCUGUAUCUAAAUUAAACUAAACUAAGAGAUGUCUGUUUAUCCAAUUUGGAGUCAACUGUGGAGAAAGGAAGAUAGACACAAAAUGCCAGAGUAGCUCAGCGGAUCAGGCAGCAUCUCUGGAAAAAAGAAUAGGUGACGUUUCAGGUCGCGACCUUUCUUCAGAGUCACGUGAGAGCGAAACUACAGGUAUGAAAUAGAACAGGACGUAUCAGAGCCACCACCGAUAGCCAAGGAGCUACAAUGAUCUAUUAUGAUAACGAAAGGAUGUGAACAGUGAAACUAUCAGGACGACUAGUGGGGGAGGGACGGAGAGCGAGGGAAUGCAAGGGUUACUUGAAAUUAGAGAAAUCAAUAUUCAUGCCACUGGGAUGUCAGUUGGAAAACUGCUUUGAAGAAAAAUGACAAAAGAAGCAGUAAUUUUAGCCUAACUGAAGGAUGUGGAGGAGUAGAGGUCAUUUGGAAAAGCGCAGUUAGCCUACAGACAGUGGGUUGAAAAUAAUUACUUGGCCUAUUUUUGAUCAGCCGUUUCUGAAUCUUUUAUGUGCUUGCUUUUAUUGGCCAACAGUGGAAUGCUGGCAGCAUUAUUGCUGCAAAGAACAUGUAAUGCAAUGUUUAGGUUAAAUUAAUAGCGUGUCCCUAAUCAGACCUUUUAAAAUACCCACCCUACACUUAUUAGCUAUUCUACACUGGAAAUAUCUUGCUCUCCAUUCGUUCUUAAAUAUUCUUAACAUUCUCAAGUGGGAAGCGAGUUCUGUGUCUAUUUUGCAGAACUACUUUGAAAUGCACUACAGACGCCCCCAGACUAAGGCAAUAGGCGAUUCAUGGAAUCUCGUACUUAUGUAAACAAUUCAACACUCAAUCCCUAGUGCAUUCAAGGCAGUUUGUUAUUUCCACAACAUUGUACGAUCACUCAAGUUAACAUCGAAAACAAGCCGGCAAUGGCGGUGAUGCUUGUCCAGAAAGCCGUGCACUGCAGAAAGUGCUCCGGAUGCCACUGAGACAAUUAAUACUCUAAAAGGCCUGUCCCACUUGACUGUCAUUUGCGCGCCCUUUACGAGACCUCCAAAAAUGUGGUUGUCGCGUUGUGAUGCACGGGUAGCGUGUGGGUAGCGCGGGACGGGCACAUGGAGAGGCAUGGAGGAGUGUGGAGUUGCGUGCGGUUUCACGCGGCGCUCCAGGAUUGCGUACGCACGCUGAUGCAUUGGGUAUGCACGCUGACGCAUAUGCGUCGCAUGCUGGCAUCCCGAUGUCUCACGUGUAUCGCAUGGUUACGUCACCAUGCGUCGCCACGCGCCGCAGGUUAUUAUAUUGACGUCACGUGCACCAGGCAGCAUGAUGACGCGUGAUUUGCGCGUGAUGUCGACCUAUUUCAGGCAGUAAGAGAGGAGGUGUAGCACCAAGUGUUACAUCUCCUGCGGCUGCAGGGGAAAGUACCUGGAGAGGGGGCAGAUUGAGUGGUGAGGUAUGAGUGAACCAAGGAGUUGUGGAGAGAGUGGUCUCUGCGGGGAAGCUUGACUGGUGGUGGAAUGACAUUGAAGUGGCGAUAAUGUCGUAGUAGGUGUUGGAUGCAGUGGCUGAUGAGGUGAAAGUUUAGUUUAGUUUUGGCUUAGUUUAGAGAUACAGCACAGAAUCAGGCCCUUUGGCACACUGAGUCCGCGCCGACCAGCGAUUCACGUGCACUAACUCUAUCCUACACACAAUAGGGACAAUUUAAAUAUUUUACUGAAAAUUAUUAGCCUCCAAACCUGUUUGUCUUUGGAGUGUGGGAGGAAACCAGCGCACCUGGAGAAAACCCAUGUAACUCACAGGGAGAAUGUACAAACUCCGUACAGAUCGCACCAGCAGUCAGGAUCAAACCCGGGUCUUUAGCGCUGUAAGGCAGCAACUCUACCGCAGCACCAUCCCUAAAAAAGGUAAGGACCAGGGGAACUAUCUCCUUUCUGUCUUGGGGGAGUGGGCAGAGCUGCAGGACGUAGAGGAGACAUGGGUGAGGGUUGCAUCCACAACAGCAGUGGAAUCCAUGUUUAUUGAAGAAAGAGGAUAUCUCGGAUGUCGUUGAAUUAAAAGCCACGCCUUGGAAGCAGAUGCAAUGGAGACGAGUAAGAUAAUUCAAGGGCUUUCAGCUGUGCAGCCAACUUUCUCCGACAAGUAGUCAAGUUUCCUGAGUGUUGAGUUGAAUUAAUUCUAGCAAGUGCAGACUAUGCAGCUACAUUCCACACUUUGGUUUGUUUUUGUGAUAGAAAGACAUUGGUUUGUCAGGAAGUAUUUCAUCUUCAUCCCAGGAUACCCAGUCUCUGACCUGCUGUUGUAUCCACAGUCUUAAGUGACUGAUCUAAUUAUGUUUCUGGUCAGUGGUGAUCCACAAGAUUAGGGUAUUCAAUUUUUGUCCUGAUGGUCUUAUCAUUGGCACAGUGGUAGAGUUGCUGCCAUACAGCGCCAGAGACCCGGGUUCGAUCCUAACUACAGGUGCUGUCUGUACGGAGUUUGCACAUUCUCCGUGACCAUGUGGGUUUUCCCUGGGUGCUCAGGUCUCCUCCCAUAUUCCAAAAAUGUACUGGUUUGUAGGUUAAUUAGCUUUAGUGAAGAUUAUAAUUUUUUCCUGGUAUGUAAAAUAGUACUAGUGUAUGGGGAUCGCUGGUCGGUGUGGACUCGGUGGGCCAGAACGCCCGUUUCCAUGCUGUAUCUCCAAAUCAAACUGUGCUUUUGUGGGAAUUGCAGAUUCCAUAAUAUUAGUCCUCUUGGUGCAUUUUUUCAACUGGUUCCUCUGUGCCUAGUGUUGCCCUGUCCAUGGUUUCAUGUGCUGCUUCUCUCCCUCUCCCUCCUUUGUAACUGAUGCAAUGACUGGAAAGGGCAGAGAUAUAUGGCUGGGCGGCUACGAUGGUGGGGUGAGGUGGGAGUAUGUGGUGGACCAGGUCACCAGCUGUCAGAGAGUGGGGGCAACACUUGGUGUGGUCUCGUCACACCAGUCAUGGGCUUUGGUGACGGAGAGGGUUCGGUUCCAUGGGCGUGAGGUGAUUCCAAUUGUCGGCUGGCCGGUGUGCCGUUUACCCACUCCUCACCUCCUCUCCCUUCAGGGUUUAGAGGAGCACCCCCAUCUCUGCUCAAUGAACGUCUCCAAUGGAAUCAAUGAUGCCUUUGUGCGCAUCCACGCUAAUGUGUGUUCUCCUACAGGCCUUGCGACUCCCGUGGGACUCUGCUUCCAAUCUGCAUGUGAUCACCACCCAGGGAUUUGGGACGGGGAAGUGGGGGUGGAUAAGAAGUCAUGCACUGCUCUAUUUCAACAGGGUUUGACCAAUGAAAGAGGAAACCAAUAAAUACAUACACUUCGAGUGUUGAAGGAGCAAAUGAAAAGGACACGUUGAUGUUCUAAGACUAAGUAAUGGGCGAUUACUCAGUACUAAAUCUGGUGCUCACCAGGAGACAAGCUGAUCUGCCUUUAUAGACAAGAGUGUGUCUUUAUAUUCUCAGAUGGCAAGGUUACACAGAGACUUGAUUAACAGUAAAACGGGAUAUUGAUUACAGAUUGGAGCUCAGAAAGACAAUUAGAUAACAGAAUGAGAUGAUUAUCCACAAGUCUAACCGUUAACAGUAGAUCUAAUUUUCAGUUACAUUGAUGGGAGCAUGCUAUAGCAUAACGAAGUUCCAGAAACGUGGGUGUUGUCACUGCUACAUUCCAUGUCUCCACUUUCAGGCUUUGUCUGCAGUUCCCUGUCACCACAUUAGCACAAUCCACAAGCCUAUUUACUGGUUAUUAGCCCUCACUAUUCUCACCCCUCUCACUCGAUCCCCGCCACCACUUUUCCACCGCACGGUGCCUGCCAAUUGCCACCGUGACCAGACUCCUCAUUCUGCUAUAACUGAAAUCCAUUGUAAAGAGGUCUGUAAUAACGUGGGUAGACUGUAUGUGCUGGUUUGUGAGGCCACUGUUCAGGUGAGGAUUGCAGUGUGGAUGGGGAUGAGGUGGCAUCGAAUCUCCAGGACAUUGUCUAAGCAGUCCUUCUGGUAUUUCCAGCCCACAGUACCACUCAGAUGUUUAAAUGGGAUGAGUUUGCAUUGAUGUCUUAGGAUGCUCACUCCAAUGAAAGUGCUCAAAGUGCCUUGAGUAUAAUGUCAGCCGUAAUAGCAAUACUGCAGUGCAUGAAGCAAGAGUUGCUGUUGGCACUUCAGAACCAUUCAGUGCAAUGUGAAUGCAGGAUUACGAUCAUCAAGCAAUGUAAUAGGAAAGAUCUACAGCUACAGUCCGGAGGGAAUUUGUUUUCCUCAUCAUGAUGCCACAGUGCGUGAUAAAUUUUGAAAUGCUGCAUAGCACGGUAACUUUUUUUUAACACAUUGUUGGUCGUAUCAAAAAUCCUGUUGCAUAAAUCACUGCUACAGAACAGCACUCUCUUAAUUAUUGUCAUUUGGGAAUGGAUAGGUAAUUGUAAUGGCAUUAUUUCAAACUGAUACAGUCUGCUAAAAAUUACUUGGAUUUUUAUGCAUCAGAUUAAAGCCUGAAUUAAUUUCCCGACUUAAUUCUAGAUGUGACUUUGUUUUAUAUUGAAAGGCAAGGUUAGCCCCAGGAAGCAGGACAUCACCAAAGUUAAAAAGAUGAUGCGAAUUUAAACAAAAGAAGACAUGAGGAAUUGUAGAUGCUGGAAUCUUGUGUCAGUCAACCUUGUGUUACUCGGUGGGUCAGGCAGCUCCUGUGGACACGGAUGGGUGACGUUUUUGGGUCGGGGAAAUGUGGAAUUUCUGAAGAAAGAUCCCGACCCGAAACAUUGUUUACCCAUUUCCUCCAGAGAUGCUGUCUUGACCCACUGAGGUACUCCAGCACUUUGUCUCUGAUUUUUUUUAAAAAAGGAGUUCUUCAAGCAAUGAGUAUUUUUGAGAGCAAUAUUAAACAGGCAGGAGUUUUUGGGUUGGAUAUAGAGGUCACUGGAUUAAUUGGGAAAGGGGAAAAUAAAAUCCAAGGAAUUAUCAACGAGUUAGAGGGAGAAAUGUAAUGGGGUACUGGUACCUCCAACAAACAUUGGUGGGAGACCAUUUUCAAAACACUCAAAGCUCUGGAGAAGUCAAUAGCCUUCCCUGUUCUCCGACCAGCCGGACUGUCUCCCUGAUUGAAUUUUAUCUCUGCUUUGUUGUCACCUCUUCGCUAUCAAUGAUCUAUUCUACAUUUUCCUUGAUUCUCGUCUCUUUUGAUGUCUCAUUCUGACACCUUCCCCUUAUCUCUGUGUCUCCCUCUCCCCUGACUUUCAUUUUGACAAAGAGUCUCGUGCCGAAACGUCUCCAAUUCUUUCUAUCCAGAGGUGCUGCCUGUCCCGCUGAGUUACUCCAGCAAUUUGUGUCUAUCUUUGACCAUUCAUUUGACACAGCAUUAAAGAAUUGCAGAUUUUAGUGAUGUAAUCAAUGAUGUUAUUGAUCAGCGAUUCAGCAAGAAUUUGCAGAAUGCAAUGCCUGCUACCGUUCACAAAUAUGUUAAAUGCUGAAUAAACAGUAGUUUAUA